AUGUCAUGGAGGAGGGUACUAAGGCAAAAAACCGUGUUUGUGGGUGGUAUCGGCGACGAUGUAGAUGAGAGCGUUAUUUACGAACAUUUCGCGACAUUCGGUGAUGUUAUCGAAGUUCAGCUCCCCUCUGCAGCCACGAAUCUUCAUCAACAAAGCGAGGCUAAACAUCGGGGCUUUGCUUUCGUAACUUACAGCUCAACUUCUGAUGCUCAAGAUGCCAUUGACAACAUGGAUCUAAACGAGUUGAGAGGUCGUGUCAUCAAGGUUAAUCUCGCACGACCUAUGAAAACACCCAUGCAACUAGGAGGCAAUAGAGCUGUUUGGGAAUCUGAAGAAUGGCUUAAACAACACGUCAAGCCCUUGAAUCAGAGUGGAGGUGUUCAAGGUCGCAAUGCUGCUAAACAAAAUGCAGGCGGAGAAGUUGUUCCUUCCGAAGAUGGUGAUGAAGUCAUGGAAGAGUAA